AAGCUCGAAUACAGGGCUGCCACUUUAGAUGUUUUAGAUCUAGAUCUAGAUGUUUUUUUCUCAAGAUCUAGAUGUAAAUUUGGAGCCUAGAUGUUAGCUAUAAAAUCUAGAUAUUUUUUUCAAGGUUCUAAAUAUUAUUCAGUGGGAAAUAAAUAAAGAAAUGUGUGUAAUACCUGAAUACUGUAAUACCGAUAUUCUGCAUUAUGGAAAAUUAUACCAAAAUCAUAGAAUCCACCAAGGUUGUCUUUAAUGAACACUUUUCAUCGGGACUCGAUUUGGAAAAGCAUUUUCAUGAUGAAAAUCAUUAUGGCACAGGAGAUUUAAACCAAUAUCCAUCUGAUAACGAUGUGGGAACUAGUCAGCAUACCAACACCGGCGAUAAUUGUGGAAAGGGUUGUUUACUAAGUGGUGACGAAGAGAACUCUGAUAUUCAUGCACAAAGUAGAAAAAGUGGUUUGGCUGUUCCAACUGGAAAAUCCGAUAAUAAGUUACAAACCAACAGGGGAGAUAAACCAUAUGUUUGCCAACAAUAUGAGGAGAACCUAAAAUGGAAGAGAAAUUUAAGUGUGCAUAUGAGAUCUCAUACUUGGGAGAAACCCCAUGUUCAUGAACAAUGUGGAAAGAGUUUUUCACAAUUAUCUCAUUUACAUAGGCAUGAGAGAACUCAUACUAAAAAGAAACCUUAUGUUUGUGAACUAUGUGGAAAGAGUUUUUCGCAAUUAUCUCAUUUACAUAGGCAUGAGCGAAGUCAUACAGGUGACAAGCCUUAUAUUUGUAAACAAUGUGGAAAGUGUUUUUCGUGUAUAUCCAAUUUACGUAGGCAUGAGCGAAGUCAUACAGGUGACAAGCCUUAUAUUUGUAAACAAUGUGGAAAGUGUUUUUCGUGUAUAUCCAAUUUACGUAGGCAUGAGCGAAGUCAUACAGGUGACAAGCCUUAUAUUUGUAAACAAUGUGGAAAAAGUUUUUCACAUUCGUCUACUUUACAUGUGCAUGAACGAACUCAUACUGGAGAGAAUAAACAAUGUGGAAAAUGUUUUUCGCAAUUAUCUCAUUUACAUGUGCAUGAAAGAACUCAUACUGGAAAGAAACCCUAUGUUUGUAAACAAUGCGGGAAGAGUUUUUCAAAAUCAUCUAAUUUACAUGUGCAUGAAAGAACUCAUACUGGAAAGAAACCUUAUGUUUGUUAACAAUGUGGAAGUUUUUCACAAUUAUCCAGUUUACAUGUGCAUGAACGAACUCAUACUGGAGAGAAACCUCAUGUUUGUAAACAAUGUGGAAAGGUUUUUCACAAUAUCUAUUUACAUGUGCAUGAACGAACUCAUACUGGAGAGAAACCUCAUGUUUGUAAACAAUGUGGGAGGUUUUCACAAUUAUCCAGUUUACAUGUGCAUGAACGAACUCAUACUGGAGAGAAACCACAUGUUUGUAAACAAUGUGGAACGAGUUUUUCGCAAUUAUCUAUUUUAAACAGGCAUGAACGAACUCAUAAUGGAGAGAAGCCUUAUGUUUGUAAAUGAUGUGGAAGGGGCUUUUCACAAUUAUCUAAUUUACAAAUGCAUAAACGAACUCAUACCGGAGAGAAACCCCAUGUUUGUAAACAAUGUGGAAAGAGUUUUUCACGAUUGUCUACUUUAAAUGUGCAACAACGAAGUCAUACCAGAGAUAAGCCUUAUGUCUGUGAACAAUGUUGAAAAGGUUUUUCGCAUUUAUCCAGUUCUCAUGCACAUAAGCGAAGUCAUAGAGGAAAGAAACCCUAUUUUGUAACAUGAUUAGGACUGGACUGUUACUGGACUGUAAACGAUUCCUGAUCAUCCACUCUGCAUGAACGAGCUGAUACUGGAGAAAACCUCAUGUUUGUAACAAUGUGGAAAGAGUUUUUCGCAAUUAUCUCGUUUAUAUAGACAUGAGCUAACUCAUUUCGCAUACUUAAAAUCAAUGCAUGUAGGUUUUUUAGCAUUUCGCAGAUGUUUCCGUGUAAUUGUCCAGUUUUUAUGUACACCAGCAAAGUCAUACGGAAGAGAAAUCUUAUAUUUGUAAACAAGAUGGAAUAUACGUUUUUUCACAAUUAUACUGUUUAAGACAAUUAUCUAUUCUGGAUAGCAGUAUCAUACAUGUGAACAAUACAGAAAUGGCUUUACGCGUAGUAAUGAGAGACUUUAUAUUUGUAAUCGU